UGUAAAAUUGACAAAAAUGAACCAUGUUUUACGUAAACAAACUUUUGAACAUGCCUAACUUCGGAGAAUCCCACCAUAGUUCAUCCAGCCUGCAACAACAACAUAACAACCUAGGCAAAAUCCCAUCUCUAAUGGGUCCUUUCGAUCCCAUUAGUCUAAAGCAUGGUUCAUCAUCACGACGGGAAGAUACUCAUAUUUGUUUGUAAUAAUCAUAAUAAUAAUAAUUCCUUUCUUUGUACAUUUCCCAAAUGUCUGAACCAGAUCAAGUUGCUAGCUGCACUUACAUAUGGGCCAUCUCUUGCAUCUUGUUUAUAUGCGUCCUCGCCGGAGGCGGUUGCCUUUUGUGUUAUAUUUUCGUCCCCGAAUUUCAAUCCUCAAAAUUGCUCCCUGUCCUUGGUUUUAUCUUCAUUAGCACGCCUUGGGUAUUUUGGAUCCUAACCGCAGUGUACAGGUUGAUGUCGAGGGCAUUCGGGUUCAGGAUGGUAUUUGGUUGCUUAUAUGGUAAUAACACCGCGAAAGUUGCUAGCGUCGGCGACGGCGAUGCAGCUAAAGACAUUAACGAUAUCGGAGAUGCAAAGAUUGUGGAUGUGAAUGUGAGAACUUUCGAGAAUGAAGAUGAUGGUGUUAGCCAAGAAAAAGAAAACAAUGAUAAGAAUGAAAAGGCCUUGGCCUCAUCCAUCGCAGCGUGAUGUAAAAAUAUUUGGUGAACCAUUUGCUAAAUUUAAUUCCAAAAAGGUUGGGUCUCUCAAGUCAAUUGAUGAUAAAUUUUCACCUGGAAAGAGUAUUUUUUUUCUUUGUUUCAUGAUUGUAGAUAAAUUAUACCGAGGCUUUUAAGAUCCAAAUUGUUGCUUCAAUUCAAUUCAAUAUAGAGCUAAUUAGCCGUCUUUUGUUUAUACAAUCAUAA